AGCGGCUUUGUUGGCUCGGAGGGGAGCGGCGCCUCGGCGAGAGCCCACCAUGGUGCAGCAGGCGGAGAGUACGGAGGCGGAGAGCAACCUGCCCCGGGAAGCGAUGGACACCGAGGAGGGCGAGUUCAUGGCUUGCAGCCCCGUCGCUUUAGACGAGAGCGACCCGGACUGGUGCAAAACGGCGUCGGGGCACAUAAAGAGACCGAUGAACGCCUUCAUGGUGUGGUCCAAGAUCGAGCGGAGAAAAAUCAUGGAGCAGUCCCCGGACAUGCACAACGCGGAGAUCUCCAAGCGCCUGGGUAAGCGGUGGAAAAUGCUGAAGGACAGCGAGAAGAUCCCUUUCAUCCGGGAGGCGGAGAGGCUGCGGCUCAAGCACAUGGCUGAUUACCCCGACUACAAGUACCGUCCCAGGAAAAAGCCCAAAAUGGACCCGUCGGCCAAGCCCAACGCCAGCCAAAGUCCCGAGAAAAACGCGCCCGCGAGCAGCGGCGGCAGCAAGAGCGCCAAGAGCUCCAGCAAGAAGUGCAGCAAGCUGAAAGCCUCCUCCGGCUCCUCGCCCCCCAAGCCGGGAGCCAAAGCCGCCCACCACGGGGACUACGCGGGAGACGAGUACGUCUUCGGCACCCUGAAAGUGAGCAGCAAGACGGUCAAGUGCGUCUUCAUGGACGAGGAGGAGGACGACGACGAGGACGAGGACGAGCUGCAGCUGCGGAUCAAGCAGGAGGCGGAGGAGGAGGACGAGGACGAGGAGCCGGGGCCGCAGCAGCUGCGGCGGUACAACGUGGCCAAAGUGCCGGCCAGCCCCACCUUGAGCUCCUCGGCGGAGUCCACCGAGGGGGCCAGCCUGUACGAGGAGGUGCGGGGCGGCGCCGCGGCGGCGGGCGGCGGCAGCAGACUCUACUACAGCUUCAAGAACAUCACCAAGCAGGGCCCGCCGCCGCCGCAGCAGCCGCCCGGCCUCUCCCCGGCCUCCUCCCGCUCCAUCUCCACCUCGUCGGCCGGCAGCGAGGAGGCGGACGACCUGCUCUUCGACCUCAGCCUCAACUUCUCCCAGCACGGCCACGCCGCCGCCGAGCUGGGGGCGGGCGCCGCCGGCGGCAACCUCUCCCUCUCGCUGGUGGACAAGGACCUGGACUCCUUCAGCGAGGGCAGCCUCGGCUCCCACUUCGAAUUCCCCGACUACUGUACCCCGGAGCUGAGCGAGAUGAUCGCGGGCGACUGGCUGGAAGCGAACUUCUCCGACCUGGUGUUCACGUACUGAGCGGGGGCGGCGGCCAGGGCGGGCGGCGACAGCGGCGGAGCUGCAGCGGUGCGACGCCGGCGAUGAUGAU